GGACGGACGAUGGAGCUUCAAACAGAGAAGAGGUUCCACAACUUGACCCUGGAGCAGCUUCAGGCUCUCGACAAAGUCUUGACGGAGGUAAUCCCCAUCCACGGACGAGGAAACUUUCCCACACUGCAGGUGAGAGCGAAAGACAUCAUUCGUGUGGUGAAAGAUCGACUGGUUGAAAGAGACAUCCAGGUUAAAGAUAUACGCUUGAAUGGAGCGACUGCCAGCCACGUCCUGGUGAGAGAUAACGGCCUGGGCUACAGAGACUUGGACAUCAUUUUCGGAGUGGAGCUGCCCAGGCAGGAGGACUUCCAGGUGAUUAAGGAGGUGGUGCUGGGCAGCCUGCGAGACCUCCUCCCUUGUGGCGUUAACAGACGGAAGAUCACCUGCCUGACAAUGAAGGAAGCCUAUGUGCAAAAGAUGGUGAAAGUUUUCAACGAGCACGACCGAUGGAGCCUGAUCUCACUCUCUAACAACAGGGCUAAAACCGUAGGGCUCCGAUUUGUAAGCUCCCUCCGAAGGCAGUUUGAGUUCAGCGUGGACUCCUUCCAGAUAAUAUUAGAUCAGCCACACAUGUACAGCAAAUGUAGCCUCACAGCCUCAAGCGAGCCCACCAUCACCGUGGAGGCCGAGUGCAUGUACGGAGACUUCGAGCAGGCCAUGGAUCACCUCCGCCACCGCCUCAUCGCCACCCACAACCCAGAGGAGAUCCGAGGAGGGGGUCUGCUUAAAUACAGCGACCUGCUGGUGAGGAACUUCAGACCAGCCAGCGAGACCGAGAUCAAGUCGUUGGAGCGAUACAUGUGCUCCCGCUUUUUCAUCGACUUCCCUGACGUGAGCGAGCAGCAGCGGAAGAUCGAGGCCUACUUGCAGUGCCACUUCAUUGGCAACGAGGAGACGAGCAAGUACGACUAUUUGAUGACCCUGCGGCGCGUCAUCGACGAGAGCACGGUGUGUUUGAUGGGACAUGAGAGGAGACAGACGCUCAAUAUGAUCACGGUCCUGGCUCUGAGGGUGCUGGGCGAGCAGAACGCCAUCCCCAACACGGCCAACGUUACCUGCUUCUACCAGCCGGCUCCGUACAUGGCCGAGCCCAUUUACAACAGCUACUUCAUCACUCAGGCUCAGCCCCCGCUCGUCUACCACCCCUACCCACUACACGUGCACAUGCAGACUGGCCUGGUGUAG